CCACGCUCUGAUAUGGAUGUUAUAUCCGCCAAAUCUCCGGAUGCGACUCGACGUUCGGCCAGGCACCGACCAGCCACUCACAGCACAGUCAGCCGCAUGAUGGAAAUGUACGCCAUUGUCAAACUUUUGCUUUCAGGGCGUGGCUCAAAAAGAGAGCCGGUGCCAACGACAAUGCCAUGUCCAGCGAUCGCUCAGCUUGUCUAUAGUACACAGUGAGCAAGAUUUGACCUCAACACCAUGGAUUGGGCUUUUCGUUACUGGGCCCCAUUAGGCAUCCCAGGUCGCGACAUAUACCAUGAUCAGUUUCACGCGCCAAUUGACCUCUCUAUACAGAGAAGUCCGGAUGCUGGCUGGAUCCUCGAGGCCUCGCGUAUCGCCAAGUCGGGCGUCAUCCAGGUUUGUCUUGUUGCCUUCGUCCUUGUUUGGACAGCAAUAGAGACCACCUGCCGCUACAGUUCCUACUUCAACAUCCCAGAAACCACCAAGGCCGUCCGAUUCAGUCUGCCUUAUGAGCUUCUUUCUCAACUCUUACGUGGGGCUGCCUUCACCUUCACCCUUAUCAGCGGGUACCACUACUAUCAGUACUGGUACGAUGCCCUUCCUGUCGGCCUGGCCUUUUUCCUGGGUCUUGUCCGUUUGCUAGCCACGCCAAAAUGGCAGCGCGUGAGCUUGCAUCAAAUCAACUUCCUCCUCUUCAUCUCCCUGGUUACCUUGGCUACAGCCUAUCUUCUCCCCUCCCUCAGGAUGAGGUCGGACGAGGAGGUUGAAAAGGCGGAGAUUGGGGCUAUCGGAAGUCUAGCAUUCGCAUCGCUCAUUGCGCUCAUGACUCCGAGAGAAUGGGGACCUCCGCCUGCCACCGAAAACAUGGCCGUGUACAAACACAUCUCCGAGGCACAGCCUACUCCUGAAGAAACAAGUAGUUGGUUCGUCCGCUACUUCAGCUUUGGCUGGCUGACUCCGCUGAUCUGGAAAGGUUGGCGCACCCAAGUCGAUAUGGAUGACAUUCCAGGACUUCCUUGGUAUGACGAACCCUCACUCCUUCUUGACAGAAUUCUCAAGGUCCGGGAGAGAUACAAAACAACCAUGUGGACAGUUCUCUCCUUCCAGCGCAGCGAAAUUGUUGCCAUGUCUUUGUGGGUCGGUUCCUCAUUCGCCAUCGAACUUGUCGCCCCUUUUGCCAUGUACCAGAUCCUAAACUACAUAUCGUCUCCCCAUGAUGCUGUGCUACAUCCCAUCAUUUGGCUGGCACUGCUCUUUAUGGGUCUUAUGGGAAAGUCUAUCACCAUGCAGCAGUACGUCUUCACGUCAACCAGACUUGUCGUCCGCCUCAAGUCAGCCAUGACCCAAGAGCUGUACCACAGGGCCUUAUCGAGUAUGGAACUUGAAGAUGAUGUUAUCAAUGACAUUGCCACAAGGGGUGCCAAAGAGCAAAGAACGCAAACCACGUCGGCAGGAAGAUUGGCCAAUCUGAUGGCAAGUGAUGUUGAUGCCGUGUUCAAGGCUCGAGAUGCCAUCAUUGGCCUUGUCGGGGUGCCCGUAGGCAUUGUUGUCAGCAUCAUCGGCCUUUAUAAGAUGGUCGGAUGGACGAGUCUGGUUGGUCUCGCCUUCUUGGUGCUCUCAAUGUCCUUCCCAGUCUGGAUUUCCCGUAUGAUGGGCAAGACGCAGCGCAAGGUCAAGUUGGCACAGGACUUACGCAUAUCUCUCAUCUCUGAGUACCUCGAAGCCAUCAAAGCCAUCAAGUACUUCUCCUGGGAGGAUGCCAUCAUCAAACGCAUCCAGGAAGCGCGUGAGAAGGAGCAAAAGGAACUUUGGCACAUCUGCCUAUGGUACGCUCUUCUUGGACAGUGUGGCGAGCUAAUCCCCGUCGUCACCUUACUGCUCAUCUUCAGCCUGUACAUAGGGGUGAUCAAGCAGCCUCUCACUGCUCCUAUCGCAUUCACCACUUUGUCCGUGGUCAUGACCCUGCGGCGGAAUAUAGGAUAUGUAUCCCAGAUGUCACGAAACCUUACUGACGCACAUGUCUCGAUUGAGCGUUUGGACAAGUUCUACGCAAAUACAACACCGCUAACCCAGUUUUCAGAAGGUCCCUUGCACAUAGAGAAUGCGACUUUCCGGCGAAGCAAGAGGGCACCUUUUUUGCUAAAAGAUAUCUCCAUCAACUUUGUAGAGGGCGGCCUUAACAUAAUCAAAGGUCAGAGCGGGAGUGGGAAGACGAGCCUUUUGUUGUCAAUCUUGGGAGAGACCACCCUCGAAAAAGGAAUGGUGACCAGGCCCAGCGACGUCGCUUUUGCCUCCCAGACACCGUGGCUUCAGAGCGAGACAAUACGCGACAACAUCCUAUUCCACGCUCCUUUUGAGCAGGUCAAAUAUGACAGGGUUAUUGAGGCAUGCUGCUUGGGCUUGGACUUUGAAGAGCUUCCUAAAGGAGACUUGACUGAGGUUGGGGAGAAUGGCACCGCCCUUUCCGGUGGGCAAAAAUCGAGAGUGGCAGUUGCUCGAGCUCUCUAUUCCAAGGCCCCAUUGCUGCUGCUGGAUGACAUCUUCUCUGCCCUCGACGCCAAGACGGCUGCGUCUCUGUGGAAGCAUUCCUUCUGCAGUGAUAUGCUCAAGGGUAGGACCAUCGUUCUGGUAACUCAAAUGCCUUGGCUAGCUUCCCAAGCCGAUCUCGCAAUCACAAUGGAAGCCGGAACAGUCAAGAACAUUGAAAGGAACGUUGGUGUUGUCCGCACACCUGUGGAACUGGAGUACGGAACCACCAACAAUGAGGACUCUCAAGAGAGUACGACCACCCUAAAGAUCCCACUUGUACCAGGCGGAAACCGGGCAGGCUCUCCCAAGAAGAUGAAAGACGAAAUAUCCAAUGAGAUGAGUGCCAGCGGAACAUCAGGACGGUUUACUUUUCUCAGGUACAUGCUUCACUUUGGUGGCCCUGGUUACGUUAUUCUAGCCCUCGCCAGUAACGUCAUUGCCAAUGCUGUUCUUCUUGGAACGACCUGGUGGCUCUCAGUUUGGGUCAAUGCCUACAACAAGAAAGAGGCUGUGAAUGUUGCCUUUUACAUCACCAUCUACGCUGCGUUCAACUUUGGCCAGGCCUUGCUAAGCGGAAUCAGCUCUCUGAUAUUCAACCGAGGUGCAUGGUUGGCCGCACGCAAGUUACACAGGGGACUCACAGAGGGAGUAUUGAAUGUCUCCCUGGGCUGGUGGAAGAACGUACCAGUGGGUCGGGUUGUUAAUCGGUUCAGCCGAGAUGUUGGGUCAUUGGACAGUCAACUAAGCUCAGCCGUCCAAUAUUUCAUCGACGCUGGCAUGGCCAUUCUCUUUCGUCUUGGUGCCGUCAGCUCCAUCAUGCCUAUCUUCAUGCUCCCUGCCCUUUGCACGGUCGGAAUAGGUAUCAUUUGCGGCGAGAUGUACAUCCGAACAGCUGUCGUCCUUAAGCGGUUGGUCUCAUCCAGUCAGAGCCCCGUCUUCUCCCAGUUUAGUGGCAGCAUGUCUGGUCUAGCGGUGAUCCGUGCCAGACGAAACAUGCCCGAGAUGUUCCGUUAUCAGUUGGCGGACCGGUUAAGGUCUUUCUCGCGGUUUCAGGAAACUUCAUUUAACCUGAAUCGGUGGGUCGGUGUUCGGAUUGACUUUGUCGCAGCGCUGGUCACUGUCUCUGCUGGUGCGAUUGCAGUGUGGAAGGUCGGUGUUGUGGAGGCUGGAUUGGUGGGCUUUUCGCUGAGCAAUGCGACGGGCCUGAAUUCGCAGAUUUUGUACUUUGUGAGGUUUAUGAAUGAUAUGGAGGUUGAGCUGCAGAGUUUCCAUCGCGUUGAGGAAUACGUCAAGCUUCCUGCCGAAGACGAAAAACACGGCUUGCGUCAACCCGAUACCGAUAGCCAAGGCCAUGAAGACUCUUCUUUGCUUGAAGUUCCUGAGGAUUGGCCAAGGACAGGCGCGAUCGAGUUCCGUAACGUUACGGUCAGAUACGACCCUGACGGCCCUGACAUCCUGAAGGACAUCAGUCUUAAAUUCAAGGCUGGACAACGGAUUGCCGUUGUUGGACGUACAGGUUCAGGGAAGAGCACACUCGUCCUCUCCCUCCUGUGCUUCACCCACAUCGUCUCCGGGCAGAUCCUCUACGAUGGCGUCGACAUCACGAGAAUCUCACGCAAGAGACUUCGGCAGGCAUUGACCAUCAUUCCCCAAGAAGCUACUCUUUUCAACGGCACCAUCAGAACGAACCUCGACCCAUCCGGCACCGUGCCCGUUCAGAUAUUGGAGAAGGCGCUCAGGUCGUGCACCGGCAUUGCGUCCUUUGACUUUCGCGAGAGCAGCAGUGACAACAGUAUCAAUGGGGCUGAGACAGUUGACAGCAACGACUCGAUGGUACCAACCGAACGCACCCCCCUUCUCUCUUCUUCCCCUUCCUCCUCCUCACCCACAAAUGGCUCUGGCUCCGGUUCCAUCUCUACCCGGGGCGCUCUCUCCCUCGACACGCGCGUCCUAGCCAAAGGCGAGAACUUCUCGCACGGCCAGCGCCAAGUUCUCUCUCUAUGCCGGGCCCUAGUCCGCAAGUCCAAGCUGAUGCUGCUUGACGAGGCGACGGCAAGCAUGGACUACGAGACUGACAGGGGGAUCCAAGUGGCGCUGCGACAGGAACUCGACGCCGGGGAGGAGAAAACAAGGACGCUGGUGACAAUCGCGCAUCGGUUGAGGACGAUCAUUGAUUAUGACAUGGUUGUGGUGAUGGGCGGAGGGAGAGUGAUGGAGGUGGGUUCGCCAGGGGAGUUGUAUAAGGAUAAGGGUGUGUUUUGGGAGAUGGUCAGGUUUAGUGGAGAGGGAGAGGACUUGGAGGGGGUGUUGAAGGAGAUGGCGGUAGAGGUAUGAGGGCGCUUUUUACACCUCUACCCCUUGAGGAGGUUGGCUAGUACCUGUCUGGCUGUUUUUCCAUAGUCUGCUCCCCCAAUUUUUACUUUAUUGAAGCGUCCAUGUUGUGACAAGAUCCAAUAUAGUUUGCUUUUAUUUUAGGAAAAGCAUAUUCACCGCAUGAAAACGCUUAGGGAAGUUGCCCCAUAGUCUCGAGCUAACAAUCAAAUCGGUAUUGGACUGCA